UAUCCGAGUCUGUAGACCGUUAUUGCGAGAGACGCAGCCUCUGCGCCACACAUCACCUGGAGUCAAGCAGCGCACUGGAGACAUUCUGCCAUGCGUUUUUACGCAAACGCGUUUUACUUGAAAGGAUUUUUAUUCACCUUCUACCAAAGAUCAUAAUCAGCAACCAGGUCUGUUGACAACGAAACACUUUUAAAAAUGGAGCUACAACAAAUCAACGCUUCUUUUUCUAAAAAUGACAGCGACCCAUUUGGAAGAAAUGAAGAAGUCGCCAAAAUUGAAAUAACCGUUUUGAGCAUUACUUUUGUUGUGGCCGUUAUUGGUAACAUUAGUGUACUGGUAGCUAUGUACAAUACCAAGAAAAAGACUUCAAGAAUGCACCUUUUCAUCAAGCACCUGAGCUUAGCCGACUUAGUGGUAGCUUUUUUCCAGGUUUUGCCACAACUGUGUUGGGAGAUUACAUUUCGUUUUUAUGGACCUGAUUUUCUCUGCAGGAUUGUAAAACACUUACAGGUGCUGGGAAUGUUUGCCUCUACGUACAUGAUGGUAAUGAUGACUGUAGACCGUUAUAUUGCAAUCUGCCACCCGUUAAAGACUCUCCAGCAACCGACUCGCAGGUCCUACAUAAUGAUCAUCAGCACCUGGGUCGGCAGCCUGCUGCUCAGUACGCCGCAGUACUUCAUCUUCUCCCUGAGUGAAAUAAAGAAUGGGUCCGACGUAUACGACUGCUGGGGGCACUUCAUACAGCCGUGGGGUGUGAAGACCUAUAUCACCUGGAUCACAAUUGGGAUCUUUUUAAUCCCAGUUACUGUUCUGAUGGUCUGUUACGGAUUCAUAUGUCACAGUAUUUGGAAAAACAUUAAAUACAAAACGAAAAAAACGACAUCGGAUGCCACGCAUAAAAAGGGUUUAAUUGGCAAGAACUCCGUUAGCAGUAUCACCACAAUAUCUCGAGCGAAGUUGAGGACAGUCAAAAUGACUUUUGUUAUUGUUCUGGCGUAUAUUAUUUGUUGGGCACCGUUUUUUACGGUCCAGAUGUGGUCGGUGUGGGAUGAAAACUUCUCAUGGGACGAUUCCGAGAACACCGCUGUCACCCUCUCUGCACUCCUAGCAAGUCUGAACAGCUGCUGUAACCCCUGGAUAUAUAUGAUCUUCAGUGGUCACCUUCUGCAGGACUUUGCAUACUGCUUUCCAUGUUGUCACAAAAUCCACCAGAAGUUCAAGAAAGAAGACUCAGACAGCAGUAUCAGGAGAACCACACUCUUGACUAAAAUAACGAACAGAAGCCCCACAUGCAGUUCAGGGACAUGGAAAGAUCUGGAUAACUCACCGAAGUCAGACAGAUCGAUUCCAUUGGACCUGCAGUCUUGAUUCCUUGUAUCAGUGCUUUAUAUUUAUUGACUUUUAAAACAGUGGCACGAGGUACCUCAAACUGAAUGUGAUCUUGCCAUAGACAGGACAUGCCCUCCCACAUUUGGGGCAUGUCCUGUCUGAACUAAGGGGCAUGUUAUGUCUGACUGAAAGAGCAUUGGGGGGAAAAAGGCACAAUGUGGUGUAUGAAUCGGUCUGAGCCAAGGUCUCUCGUUGGUAUAGGUCUGGAUGGAGAGACCAAUCUGUCUGAUUUUGUCCAGACAGACUGUGCUUAUCUACAUUUACCCACAAUCCCUCAGUCUGCUUGCCAAAUGCCAAGUCUGACUGUUUGAAAUUUCAUAGUGGUAGUAGUGGCACAUGCGUCACCAGAGGUAUUUGAGCAGCUCAAGAGAGGAUUACUAAUGGAGAGAUGGCCGGUCUCUCACGAGAUCGGAAAGUGACAAGCCAACUAUAAAAUACCAGUCCUGAUUGCAGUAUAGCUUUCACAGAUUUGAUAGCUCUCGGGGUUAUUGGCCGGGAAUUCACAGUGCACGAAACAGGUCAGUCGAAGGAGGUUGCGAAAGUGCUCUCUGGAUCUAUCCAUCACUGUAUAUAGACUUGAGAUAUUCCAUAUGUGCUAUACAUGAAUGUAAACAUGUGUGUGUGUGUGUGCGUGUGUGUGUGUGUGUGUGUGUGCGCGCGCGUGUGUGUGUGUGUGUGUGUGUGUGUCUGUAUGUGCUUGUCCUUGUGCUUGAGGUGGAAGGGUAUUUCUCCAUUCUUUCACCAUGCUGAAAAUAUCUUUGUGGUUACACAAUCAUGCUGGCAAUGAAUAUGUUUAAAUCACCACUAUAUGAACUCCACACACAUGUUGCUUUUUACACCAGAAUGUACAUGUUGAAAAAAAGUACCUUUUACUCUAUAUUGUAUUUCAAAAGACACAAUACAGUGCACGUAUAGUGUACAUAUAAAUGUCCUCUUUAGCGGUUAGUGUACAAAAGCACCAGUUCAAAUCACAGCAGGGUUUUUGAGAAUGUGUAUGAAGUAUGUGGAGGCGGGAGACAAAUGGACAGGGGACAGGAACUGGUGGUCAAGCAACUGCAGAAUCUGGUCUGCAGUUAUAUGGUGAAAGAAAGGGGUAAACACAUUUUUCACAUUUAGGGCAAUAUAAAGAAAGCAUGCUUGGCCAUUACAGCCAUAUGACUGUCUGGGGUAUAGGAAUCUAUAGGCUACUAUGUCAAGCCACUUCUGUGUCAAGGUUCUCCACCCUAAAGUCCUCUUAACUGACUAAAUGAAAUGUUAUUCCUCUUCACCUCAACUAAAGAUUGUGCAUUCUUGUCAACAUGUAAACAUUAUUCACAAUUUCUGAAAUCAUUGUCCUCAGAUAACUCUGUGUAGCCUAUCUGAAGAAAUUGCACAUCAAGUCAUAAACACAGAUGACGUUACCUGUAUGUAACACCUAAUCAUUUUUGGUGAUGUUAAGUGAUCUUUAUGCUGUUCUGCUUGUACACUGUGUAAAGAAAAUAUAUAUUGCUU